ACGUGUGGAGGCAAGGAAGCGGUUCGUAGAUAGGCUGCCACAAUAUGCGACUCAUGGAGGCGUUUUACUCGCUCUUCAGUUCCGCCUUCAACACGGCGACAUCUAUGCAACGGAAAAACUAAGACCGGUUCUAGAGAAGCAACUUUUUGUAGGAGAAAGGCUUCAAAUGGAGGAGGGUCAACACCAGCAAAGGAAGGCACACGUAGGAGAAAGGCAUCUUCAAAGGGAAGUUGUGCAGGAGGUACAGGAGGAGCAACAAGAAAGGUUACAAGACGAGAUGGAACAACACCAGGGAGCAGCGCUUCUGCAGGAGCAAGAACACACGGCACAGCGGGGGGAGCAACAGUCAGAGCCAUUUGGUAAUGGCGUAAGAGACGGAAAAGUACUACAGAAGUAUCAAGAGAAGGUUGAUAACAUGGUACAAUUCGCUAAUACCGCUACACCACAUCAUCUACCACAUCAAGCACAACAUCAAUCGCAGCAGCAAGUGCACGACCAAUCAGAACGUCAAUCCCUCCAGCAUCAAGCACAACAUCAAUCGCUCCAGCAUCGACUAGAACUACAUCCUGCUGCCGAGCAGGGUCACCCUCGUGAGCAUAGUACACUACAUCCCGGUGCCGCUGAACAACAGCAGCAUAAUCCUGAGAUGAAUCAUCUUUCGCAGUAUCUAGAGGUUGUGGUGAUCCUAGAGGGCGUUGAGCCAUUGACGUCUCAUCCCACGCAAGCUAGAUAUUCCUACACGACUGCGGAAAUAGAAUUCGGGAAGUCGUUUCCUACGUGCGUCUUUCCUAAGAAAUCCAACUUGGUCAUAGACUACUUGCAGUUUCAAAGAACAAUUUAACUUUUUUGGGCGACGAGGAUGAACAAGACGAAUAUGUUCCAAGUUGUGCAUCUUUUUUAUUGCUGGCAUCUGUAUUGCUCUUCCUUGUCCUUAAUUGAUCGCAAAAAUCUAGAAUUCUGAUGGUCAUCAACGUUGUUGCUGGAGUUUUAUGAGGUUAAGUUUAUUAGUACCCUCCUCACUCCAGUGUGUGCGUAGUUUAUGAUUAGCUUAUGAUCUAACUGCGAGGUAAGUGAAGUUAAACGACCUACAAUCUAAACCUCCAAUCACCACCUUUAUUAGUGCCUCUGGCUGUUUAGUCUUCAACUUCAUCAACAGGUUUAGGUUACAAUUAUUUGCACCGCCAUUUUUUUUUUCCUUGCUUUCUCUGUUUUCUUAUAGACUCUUCUAUGUUCCUUUCCAUGUUCUCCUUUCCAUGGUCCUCUCCCUCUUUCUCCCUGGUCGAUCAUGCAGCUCCAGUUUCAAAGUAAGUUGCACUACAUCAUAGCAAAGCAAUGAAUCGAGUACGUCGUUAUAAUAGAAGAAGCUGUGGUGCGAUGGCAUCAAUUUCUUUAAGGUAGUUUCAAGCUUCAAUUACCCUCUUCACCUUCCUCCUCGUGCUUCUACGAAGUAGAAGCUUUUACUUCAUCUGGACUUCAUCCAUGCCACUAAAUUGAAAAUAAAACGACCAGAAGAUGAUAGAAAUUUGGACGGGCAGCCAGUUGUCAUUGUCAGGGUAACCCGUAGGAGCUCCCACGCGCAGAAGAAGUAGUAGACAAAUUCAAACUCAAAUUGCUUUAACUGCUUUUAUGCUUGCCUUGUCAGGGAAAUUUUAGGCAGGUCGAUUCUUUCACGCUAUGAUAUCUAGUACAUCAAGAACCACCUUUGUUCUUGCUCAAAAAACUCAAAUAUGUUAUUUGUGUCACUGCGAUCAUGAGCACACUCCGUCACAAGUGAGCCCACUCCUAUCCUAUCCUAUGAGCAAAUUUAUCUGUGACCUUGAAUAAGUGACGGCGAGAAUACUCAGCGGGCCCUAACCUAACCUGACGGCGGGCUAAAAUCUGUACAAACUAUAUUUUUAUACUAUGAGAUUGUGAUUCUUGACAGUUUUCUUGACCAAUGCUGCAGUCGUCCUCAG